CUACCUUCAAAUGAUUGAGGAUUACCCGGACAUGCAGGUGACAGCAGCGGAGAAGGAACCCGAGACUUUCUGGAGUUUCUCCCAAGGAAUCCCAGAAGUGCCCAUGGCUCCACCACCCAUUCAACCUCCUCUGCUACCGGCGACACCUCGAUGGAACCCCGAAGGAAGCUCAUGUUUCCCCAAAGUUGAGGACCAAUGGGAAGAAAAAACUCCGAAGAAGCCAACCGAGCCAAAAUCCUAUGACAAGAGGAAAUGGGUCCGAUUCAGUGACCUCCAACUUUCAACUCUCAGGUCAAGAUUCAAGGAAAAUAUUCUCUUGACACCCCAGGAAGCAAGGCAGCUGGCAUCUGAGCUGGGGCUAACACGGGCACAGAUUCUAAGCUGGUUCAGAAACCAUCGGAAGAAAUUCAAGAAAUUGAGUGUCCUACAACAGAAGAACUUCAGAAAAUAAUUCUGGAAUUUGGCUUUCAAAAAUGUGUUUUCCUCGGACUCGUAAUUACGGAGCAAGUGAUAUUGAAGAUAAUGCCAUUCCAGUGUGAGAGAUCUUGUAGAAACUAUACAGAACAAAACUGGGUAGGAAUGGACAAUACUGUCAGCAACCCCAACUCGUUUUUUUUCCUUCAGGAUCAGUUUUCCCGAGGCCAUUUUCCAUUUUCCAGUGCAUGGGGCGUCCCAUUUGAGUUGGUGGAAACUCGGAGAUUCAGUUCUGCGUGGGGAUCACAGUGGGAGGGGAGUGUUGGCAUGCUGGGAUGGAGCUAUCUGUUUACUGAGACCUUUCUUCUGCCCUGGACAGAAAUGCUUGGGAAUGCACUCUACCAUGUCAGUUGGGGGUCAUAGCGUGGGUCAAGGGAUCCAAGGCCCCACAGCAUCUACCAUUCCAAAAUGGACAUAGGGUCCCUCGUUA